AUGUCUGGUGAAGACGAUACCCAAGAAAGGUUAUUUAGGCUUAAACAAUAUCUUGAGUCAUCGUCAGCUUCUCAUUCUUCAAGGACUAUCACCGAUAAUCCACAUUUUCAACGUCUUGCUCAACAAGUAAAUCCUAUUAAAGUGCCAUUACCGUCUGACAACGAAUCUGAUUCUGACAAUUCAGUUCGAUCCUAUAGAAAAAUGGCCCAGCAAAGGACAUUGAAAGAGUUGGCAGCGCCAAAUCUUGACCAACAACCACUUUGCAUCCAAUAUCCACCGUUGGAUGUAAACUUUGAGCAGAAAUCGGGCCUCAUCCACUUAUUGCCUUCUUUCCAUGGGCUGCCUGGUGAGGAUCCGAAUAAACAUUUGAAGGAGUUUCAUAUUGUCUGUUCUAGUAUGAAACUUGCUGCAGUGACUGAAGAACAAAUUAAGCUGCGAGCUUUUCCUUUCUCCCUAAAGGAUGCAGCUAAAGAGUGGUUAUACUAUCUUCCACCUGGUACUAUUAAAACCUGGAAUGGUAUGAAGACUAUGUUCCUGGAACGAUAUUUUCCAGCAUCUAAAGUUGGAAGCAUCAGGAAAGAGAUCUGUGGAUUACAAUCACUGGAUAGGAGUAUGAUUGAUGCAGCCAGUGGGGGUGCACUAGUUGAUAAGACUUCUGCUGCAGCCAGGAGCUUGAUUUCUAUUAUGGCUGCUAACUCACAACAGUUUGGCAUUCGCCAAGAUCCUAUUCCACCACCCAAAUCAGCUAAUGAAGUGAGCACCUUUAAUGCUAAUCAGCUGGGUCAACAAUUGGCUCAAUUAACUGUAGUGGUACAACAACUAGCUUUAGGCCAACAGAUGUACUAUGAACCCUUUUCACAAGCUUAUAAUCCUGACUCGCGUGAUCAUCCAAAUCUUCGUUAUGGGAAUCAACAACAAGUUGUUCCACAGUCUACAUCUUCAAGACCACCUGGUUUCAUUUUGCAACAGGGGUCUCAAAAUAAUUUUGUACCUAGACCAUCACAAGCACCGCAAGCUGCUCCACCACCAAGUGCCAAACCCUCUACUGAGGAUUUAAUCAAUGCACUUGCUAUAAAUACUCUUCAGUUUCAACAAACCACCCAAGCUUCCAUCAAAAGUUUGGAGAAUCAGGUGGGACAAUUAGCAGCAUCAUAUAACAGGUUGGAAGCAAAUCUGUCUAAUAAAUUGCCUUCACAACCUGAGAUGAAUCCCAAGGAGAAUGCUAGUGCAGUAACUUUGCAAAGUGGGAAGCAAUAUGAUCCACCUAGUCCUCCAAUGCCCAGUAAAUUGUCAUCCAAGCCACAAGUUGAUUGCUCAGUUAAUGAAGAUGUUCCUCCAAAGCCAACCAACCCUACACAACUAAACCCUAAGCCUACUUUUGUCAUCCCACCUUCAUUCCCAAGCAGACUAAAGAAGACUAAAAAGGAAGAGGUUGACAAGGAAAUUCUUGAUACAUUCCGAAAGGUAGAAGUGAAUAUUCCUCUUCUUGACGCUAUUAAACAAGUGUCGCGCUAUGCCAAGUUUUUGAAAGAGUUGUGUACUAAUAAGCGUAAAUUGAGGGGUAAUGAAAAAGUUAGUGUGGGGGAGAAUGUUUCUGCGGUUCUUCAAAAGAAGCUUCCACCAAAGUGUAAGGAUCCUGGUACUUUUACUAUCCCUUGCACUAUUAGUAAUAAAAGAAUUGAGCGUUGUAUGUUGGAUUUGGGAGCCUCUAUCAAUGCCAUGCCAUUCUCCAUUUAUGCUUCAUUGAAUCUUAGUCCACUUGAAGAAACAGGGGUAAUUACUCAACUUUCUGAUAGGUCGAAUGCUUAUCCCAGGGGUGUAAUAGAAGAUGUGUUAGUUCAAGUGAAUGAAUUGGUGUUUCCGGCUGAUUUUUAUGUUCUUGAUAUGGAAGAUGAAUCUAUUCCAUGCUCCACUCCAAUUUGUUGGGGAGACCAUUCAUGA